AUGCUACGAAGAAAACCAUUACUAUGCCGAACGUCUCGAAUAUUGCAACUAUUUCAUGUCAAAUCAAUCAGCCGUGAUACUCAUAGGACGUAUUCGUGGCUGCGACCUGUUACCAGCCACCAAGAUAAAGACGAAAUCAAAGACUGGGUCAAAGGCAGUUUACACGAACCACUUCCAGCCCAGCACUUCCCCGAACGGCUUGACCCUACCGGAAGUGCUCAUGCAGUGACGAAAGGCUCCAGUCGCUCGAUAACAAUUAUAUCUGAAGAAGAAUACUGCCUUCUUUGGCGAAAUAGUUUCAGGACAGCCGACUUGACGGCAGUUGAACAAGUGCUCGAAAGGGCAAAAUGCGGAGUCUUGUUCAAUAUCGCACAGAUUGCUGUUUUAAUUCGAGCAUUGAGCAUUGUACGAAGGAACUACGAGAUACAUGAAAUAUACUGUGCUUACAAAGAAUACCUUCCCUUGAUAGAUGCACAAGCGACCCAUUCAAGUGCUCAUCAGGAAUUUUUGGAGACUAUUCUACGAGUCGAACAGAGUCUCGGCAACUAUCAUCUAUGCGAGACCCUUUUUUCUGACUAUAUCAAAUGUCCAAAUCUCGAUCCCCAAAUUAUCUUGAUUGGGCUAAGAACAUUUCUCCGCAAUGACAAUUUGCAACUGGCCAAACAGUUUUUUAUUCAAGUUUUGGAUAAUCCAGAAACCUUCCCCAUUACUAAAGUAGAACUGAAGUCUUUUCUUACUGACCUAAGUGGGUUUAAUGAUCUUGAGACAGCGCAGUUCGUCUUCAAACUUUGGCUAUCGAAAAAAUGUGACGGAUGCACUAUCUCGCUUGACUAUUAUCCAGAUGGUGACACAAUUUCAAUACUUCACAGACUUUACCUGCAAGCUAAUGACCCAGAUGGCUUGAAAGAGUUCUUGUCACUUGAAGCUGUCAAGAAAAGUGGCUAUCCUUCAGACGUGAUGUUCGAAGUAAAUGAACUUUGCCAUCAAUUGCGACUUGAUAAAGAGAUGUUAGAUGAGAGUCAAGUCGCUGAAAAAGUGGACUACUUUCUUACCUUACUACAACACAGGAAGUCCGAUCGGAGGCAAUUCUAUUCAUCCCUGCUGGAUUCCUUAGUGAAGGGAAAGAAUUUCAGCAGCAUACGACAUGUGGUAUCCAAGGUUCGAGGCGAUACGCAAAUACGGUUAGAUGGUUCCUUCCACCUUAUAAUUGCCAGGUUUUUUGUCAAGCAAGGCCUGUUGAAUCAUUUGCUUCAAUAUUACUCUGAUGUUGUGAGAAAUCAAACCGCGGGACGGAUACGUUUAAAAGUCGAAAACAUAGAACAAUUAUGGCUAUGUGCAUUGCAAACCUACCCUUUUCUCACAAGAGAGAUAACAAACGAACUCAAAGUCAUUUUGGAUAAUAAGAUAUAUCUGCGCAGAUUUACCGAUUUGAGGAAAAUCAUUAGGCAAACAUCACAGGUAAGAAGAAGAAGGCUAAUGGGUGGUGACGAAUACAUCAAAUCUGCAUUGUCAUUGACCGAUUUUAGGAGGUUACAGAAGUUUGAGUACGCAGUGUCGAAGAAUGAUGUCGCAGGUGCGAUAACGGCCAUUAUGGAAAGUUUGAAGCAAGGGACCAAGCCGCAGUUUGAUUUUUAUUUUUGUGCCAUACGAAUCUCUUUGACUGCUUCCCUUCCAUCACUGGCAAAAUCUUUGAACGACAUUCUUUUGAAAUCAUACAGAGCCCCGCUAAAGCUAAAUAUUCUUUGGCUCAGAUAUGAUGCUCUACUCCAGUACCAACAAACGGUUUCCAAAUCUGAGAUGCUCUCAUUUGGUAAGGUACCAUUAAUCGAAGCGCAAUUGAAGGAGUUUCAUCGGUCUCAUCAGGAGUCACUAAAUUUCCAGAAUUACCUGCAAUUAUCACAAAUAAGCAUUUUCAUCCGAGACUAUCAUCAAGCGUCCUUAUUACUGAAUAGAGCAUUGGGGCUCAUCGACAAGCAAGACAGACAGCAAUGGCUCAUGUAUUAUAUGACUGCUUUGAAAUUAUCGACGCGCCUUUACAAAUCGCAAGACUUUCUAAGAACUCUGAAGGAUUGGAAUCAGAACACCAAUGCGAGUUUGAUAUCUCAUGGUUGCAUUCGACAAAUCAAAGCAUUUACCAAACUUUUCGUUAAGAGACGUAAUCAAAAUUUUGACUACGACUAUGAAGUAGCUCAAGAGAUCUCCAAAGAAAUCGAGCUGGCUGUUGAAAAAUACGUCGGAUUGAAGUUCGAAGGUUUGAAUGAAAGUCGCAAGCUUUGUAAACUUUUAACGAGGUGGCUGAACCAAGAGAUGAAAGAACUUGCAAGAGAUGAGCGUAAGAGACGCAAAGCAUUAGACCUCGCUGUCGCUGAAUAUUCCGACGAAGCAUGA